AACAAAACAAAAAACAACAACAUGGAGCUAGAAAUUAGCAGUAAAACCGCAUUAGAUGCAAACAAAAAGGACGUAAAUGUAAAUUUUCCGCAAGUUGCCGCCGUUGCUACAAGUUGGACGUUGGACUUUAUGUUUGUGAGUCUGUGCCGGUACUUUAAAGAGGAUAAACUGGAGGAGUUUAAUGAAACGCUCUCAGGUUUCGAGGCUGUUUCUCAGAGUACUUUUCUGAAGGAGGCCAUUGUUGAUGAGAAAAGAAUGAUUUGUGCUCUCCUCGCCAGAGUCAUGCAUGGAAAGCAAUUGGAUGUCCUGUAUGAGGAGGACAACCAAGUGAUGCCUCUGAUGUCUGCUGCCAAAGUCUGGUCAAACCUUGAGGACAGUGUGGCAGACAAGAGCUUGUUCCAGAAUAUUUCAGUCCUUUUGCUUGUGCAGUCUAUUGCUGUGUGCUUGGAGAAGGGCCAAAGAUCCUCUGCCUCCUCUGCCCUCAAGUGGUUUGAGGAAAACCAUGACAUCCCACAGAGCCUGAGACUUAAACUGACAACAAUAGUGACUGAGAGGGAAACUUACCACCCAUUCCUCAUGAGCCUCAGCUUCAGCCGCCUGCGGGAGACCAUCCAUUCCUACGUGGAUGAAUACCUAAAGAAGAAUCCAUCUGACUAUCUCCUACAGGCAGCUACAAAGGCGCUCCUGUCACAAAAGAAAACUGAAGAUUUGGAGGAUGAGGGGAUAGAGGAAACGUCCCUGACACAAACAGCCGAUAAUUCAACGGACAAAUCAAAGGAAGAGAAGAAAGCUGCGCCAUUAAAAACAAAAAGGAAACUCUUGUCGACCAAAAUGACUGAUGUUUGGAAACCAGAUACAUGCAAAAAGGCCGUAGUCUCUCUUAGAAGACUCUCUUAUCAUGAACUUUCACAGAGAACAUCCAAGAGUCCAGCCAACACUUCAAAGAUCCAGAAAACAAGGAAACCCCCUCGGAAAUGGACCAAGCAGCUUGACAAAUGCCUCAGGGAUGGGGUUAAACAUCACGGCGUGGGGAAGUGGGCUCGCAUAUUACUUGAUUAUGACUUUGAGGGACGCACGGGCACAAUGCUAAAGGACCGCUGGAGAGUUUUGAUUAGGACACAUAACACCUUCUGAAGGACAGGAGGUGCUUCUCUAACAUCUGCUACGUAGCUAGUAGCUUUUAAUAAAAACAUUGAUAAAGUUGGA